GAUACUUUUUGUUGUAGUUGUACAUUUUUCGCCAAAAAUAAUAAUAAAAGUGAAAAAUUUUUUUUGUUAAUAUACGUUUUUUUGUUGUACAAAGGAGAAAAUGUUAUUAAACUGAUUGGCCGCCGCAGCGUUUUCGUGACCCCCGCUCCAAAAAAGAAGAACAGAAACGGCCGCCAGCAACAACAAGGUGCAGUAAAUAUUCAGUGUGUGCGCUGCGGCUUUCGCCUUCUUUAACCGCCAAUUGCUCCUGCUCCUGCCCACUAACAAAAAAAAAAAAAAAAAAAAAAAAAAAAAAAUUGAAAAAACAUAAGAAAGAGCGAAACCUUCAACAACCAGAGGAAGUGAAAUGAUAAAGUCCACAACGAAUCCACAGGAACAGCGUCUGCCACGCCCCGAGGAUCAGCCGCAUCCGCCGCCGCCGCCGCCCCCUUCCUCCACCACCGCCGCCCCUGCCACGCCCACGCACCAAGUGGCCACCGUGAUAGCCAACAUGGACACCCUGAAGACCGCCUUUCUGCCCAAUCUCAGCAUGGACCCCAAUGUACACGUGACGGCGCACUAUUGUCCCAUGUGCCACCAGCAGUUCGAGCGGGCGCAACACGCCGCGGAACACAUGCAGCUGUGCCACGGGAUCACGCUGAACGCACAGGGAGCCAUCGCCUCCACGCUGGAGGGCGGUCAUCCGUCACAGGCACCACCACAACAGCACCUCAAGCCCAGCCAUGCCUGCUUCAAUUGUGAUGAGAAAUUCGGCAACACCGUCGACCUGGACGAACACUAUCGGCUGGUCCACCAGGCCUCCGCCUUCCUGGCCCGCUGCCUCAUGUGCAGCAUCUAUGGCAUCCACUCGGCCACCCAGCAGCCCAACGAGUACAAGUGCACGCAGUGCGGCUCCAUUUGCACCACCGCCAUGCUGGCCGCCGGGCAGCAGGGCUUCAUGGAGCAGCAGGAGGCGGCGGUGACGCCCGACGAACAGCUGCCGGCGAUGGCGCCCCGUGAUAUGAGACUGACGCCCGAGGAGCAGCACCACCAGCAACAGCAGCUGCAGGCGGAGCACCACCACCAUCAGCAGCAGCAGGAACUGUUGGAGCAGCAGCAACGGGAGAUGCAGGAGCAGGCGCAACAGCAGCAGCAGGUGCAUCACCACCAGCAACAGGAUCAGGAUCUCGCCGGCGACCAGGUGGCGCUGAAGGUGCCUCCACUUACCGUCAAGCUGAACAAAAACGCCAAUGGAGGCGGUGCCAUUGUGGCCCAUCCGCAGGUGAUCAUCAAGGAGGAGCCACUCAGCCUGAGCGACAGUGGUGAUGUGGUCAACUCAGUGCCCGUCUAUGCCAUACAAGCGAAUCCCGGUGUUCCCGCCCCGGCCGGUUCCGGUGUGCUCGUCGGCACGCAAACGGUGCCCGCCGAUCUGGCGCACAAGAUCCGCCACAAAUGCCCCGACUGCCCGAAGACCUUCAAGACGCCCGGCACGCUGGCCAUGCACCGCAAGAUCCACACAGGCGAAGCAGACGCCACGCCCAAAGAACGCCCCUACACGUGCUCCUACUGCGGCAAGUCCUUCACUCAAUCGAAUACACUAAAACAGCACACUCGCAUACAUACAGGAGAGAAGCCGUUUCAUUGCGGGUACUGCGAGAAGUCCUUCAGCGUGAAGGACUACCUCACCAAGCACAUACGGACGCACACCGGCGAGAAGCCGUACACCUGUCCGUACUGUGACAAGCGCUUCACGCAGCGCAGUGCCCUCACGGUGCACACGACCAAGCUGCAUCCGCUCUAGGGCAGGCCGGGCGGUGGCCGCCAGAUGCCCGUUGCUGCCCCAGCCGCUCCUCCUUCUGCUUCUCCUUCUGCACCUCCUCCUCCGCCGCCGUCGUCCGUCGACUCCGAUUCAGAUCCCAAGAAACCAUCGGCAUAGGGGAGCGCCAGCGGUAACGGAAGCGGAAACGGAAACGGAAGCGGGAUGGACAACGGGUUGAGCAACCCAAAUGAAAGACCUUUUCAAAGACGAGAAACACCCACAACACAUGGGCGUUAACUGAAGCGGAUGCAACGCAACCAACGACUGGCAAAUCUCUUCACAGUGCUGCUAGAUUAAAUUACUAAAUUAGAUACUUUCAUUUCGGUUAACACGGAAAAUAGAAACAAAGUUGUACUAAACUAGCGUACAGUUCGUAGAAUGUUUAAGUUAUUGCAAUCGAUUUUUGAUUUUUAUUAUUAUUUGGUUAUGUAGAUGUUUUGCAAUUUUAUUUUUAUACACUCUAUGUAUGUAUAUCGUAUAUAAUAUUUUGUUAUUCUAUGAGAUUUUAUAUGGUGACUCCUUAGCGCACACUCACUUACGCGCGGCGCUGUACCCACAAGCCCAACAAAACACAACACAACACACUACACACCCACACACACACACAUUUAUUAUUUAUAAAGAGAGAGAAAAUAUUUUUUACUCAUAUACUUUGUGGCAAUAUUAUUUUUAAUACUUCCUGAACUUGUUUGUAAAUGUUAUUGAAAAUCAACAAAACAAAGAAAGGUAAACUCAUGUCUACGCGCAAAACUUAAAUUAUUUCUUAAAUUAUAAACUUAUAUUAUUCGAACUCAAAACAACACAAAAUUAUUUAUUCUACAUGAAAACUCCUUUUCAAAAUUUCAACUCAUAGAGGAAAUGGCGAAGAACCAAUACGAAAUUUAGUCAUUUCUAUUCUACUAUUUGCACACGAGCAGGAUCUCGUUUGUUUUGGCUUUAAAAAUUUAUUUACUUUUAAUUAACUAAAUGAUUUAAUCAUUUUAGCUUGUUUUUAUUGAUGAAUGUUAACCAUUGUUUAUUUUUUAAAUUAUUUAAGUUGAAAGCGCUGCUUUUGUUUGUUAAGCUAAACUUAACAGUGAGAUUGUAUAAAAAACUAAUGUAAAACAAAAAGAAUAACUAAGAAAUUAAUUUUACAAAAUUUGCAUUUUUAACGCAAGACAAAAAGUAUUUAAGGCAAAUCAAAAUGAGAAAUUUACGCUAAACGCAACACAGCUUUACGCGCCAAACUAGAAGAUUAAACAAAUUUAACAUAAAGAUCUACAUAAUUGAUACUUUUGAUAAAGAAGCUUGAAGUUGUUUUUGUAAUAUAUAUAAAUAUGGAUUCAUCAUUUUUACGACUACUUAAAAGCGUUUUUUAAACCAGCAAAUGAUUACUUGCAAGAGUUGUACGUACUAAACCAACUAAAACUGUAGCAAAACCAAAACCAAAACCAUGUACAUUUUUAUAACAUAGUGUUAUAUAAUUAUAAAGUAAACAAAUAUAUAAACAUGUAUCUAAUAUUAAUGCAUAAUACACUCAAACAAAUUGUCUACCUAAUGGCACAUAGCACAGCAACAAACGAUGCGCAGCGCAUGUAAAACCAAAAUAAAUUCUAAGUACUAAACUAUUGUAAUUCUUUAAGUUUUAAAUAAACCGAGAUGAGUUGACGAUCAAAAGCAAACAGCUAAAUCCAAGCUUAACUAACCGCAACACGAAACGAAAGCAAAUUAACUCAGCUGUAAGUGAUUUCCAAUGAUUGAAUGCCGGCAUCACGAAACUAAUCAUGUUGAAUACGAUACGUACUAAAUACCGACUAACUAAUAGAUCUUAGCCACGAAUCCAAAAACGAAGCCAGACAACAGACACACAAACACGAACGUAAGCAAGUGAGUAAAUAGAAAUUAAAUUGUAAUUAAAGCAAAAUUUAUUAUUAUUAAAUAUAUAAAUAGAUAUUACGACUAUAAAUGUAUGUACUUGCAAUCUAAAUUUACGUGACAAAAACUAGCAAAUAUUCGAGCAAUAUUUCAAUUUAAAAUAUAUAAAAAGGAUCUAUAUAUACGAAAUAAAGUCCAACAAUGUAGAAAGAUUAUAUAUAAAAAAUUUAAAGGGUCGUUUGGAAGUUUAUUUUUCUCGGAAAAGGUAUAAUUAAAAAGCUUGUAGAAAAUUUAAAAUUAAAUUUUGCACCAAGCGGGUUUUUCCAUUAUAUCAAAAGUAUUUUAAAAAUUUGAGGAUUAUUCAAAACUGACUUUAAAAACGGGAAUUUCCUUUAUAUCAUAUGUACGUCCAUAAGUCCCAAAAAAAGCAAAAGACCAUAGUUAAUCAUUUAGUUUAGUUUAUUUAGUUUUUGUUUUCUCUUUUAAUUACAAUGAACGAAUAUUAUGAACACUAUCACACUUUCAAAAUGUAUUCUGUUUCUUUUCCAAUCGUUUUUUUUUUUUGUAGUGUCUUUUGCGCUGAGCCACUAAUUUAGUUUGCCUCUCGUUUUUGGUUUUAUUGUAAUGCGGAUUACACUCAUAUAUAUGUAUGUAUAUAUAUUUAUAUAUAAUAUAAGUUAUAUGUUUAUGUAUAUGCCAUAAAUAUUUUUUUUAUACACACACUUUUGAUCAAACGCAACCAAAAGUUGGUUUUUAUUUUUUUUUAUAAUUAUCAUUUUUGGGUUUUGCUUUCUUCUUUUGUUUUAAAUGCUCAAUUUGUUGCAUGCAUGCUGUAAGUUUACCUAAUUUAACCAUUUGCCAUGUUUUACUCGCUAUAUAUUUGUUAUGGUGUAUAUAGAUAUACUUUUUAUAACCCUUAUAAAUGCCCAUGUAACUGUACUAUAUGUUUUCUAUGGACUUGUUUUCCCCCAUUUUUUUUUUUUAUAACGAGCGUCUCCAAAAUUUAUUGCGUACAUUUGAAAUGUUUUCACUUUGUGUUUUUCAAUACUCUAACACGAACUUCCUUUUAAGGGGAUAAAGAAUUUUAGAUGCUCUGGGUUGGGUUCUGAAAAUUACUGAGGAAAUCUACUAGUAGUGUAAUAAUUCUUGGGACACAAUUUGUUCGGCUAAUGUUUUAAAAAAAAAAUGUUCUUAAGCCUCUAUUAAGCAUUUUCCUAUGGCUUUCACUCUCGAUCGGGAACUCUGUGUCUUGAAAGUGUAACAAUUUGUUUUCCUGUCUACAUUUCUUCCUCGUCAUUGUGUAUUUACAAAAAGUUUACCCCGUUCGAAUUUUGGAUGGGAAUGAGUAGGAAUUACAAGUAUACAAUAUAUAAUACAAAUAUAUUUUAGUUGGUAAGAUUAGUAAGACGUAAAUCGUACGAUAGUUAUGAGGGAAUUACUAGUUUUAAUGCCUAUAAGCUCAAAUUUACAACUGAUUAUUCACUGUUUUAAAACUGAUUUUCGCUGUGUUUCCACUCUUUCAAUAUCUCUAUCAGUUGUAGAGAUUUAGUAGAUAGUGAUUGGUUGGUUUCAAAACAAUAGGCAAACAAAUCGAGUGUUAGUAACUAUCGAGGAACUCAGACGUAAACAAAAAUUCGAGUCAUAGGAAUAGGAUUAUAUAUUUCUUUUAAUGUUUGUGGCUUUUGUUUUUUACAGUUUUAUCGUUACCUACACAGGUGGGCUCUGUUUUACCGCUCUACCAUUCGUUCAACUUUGAUCUAUCAGUGAUCCUAUCAUCGAAAUCAAUCGAACUGAAGACAGAGAGAAAUCAACAAAGUAAAAUCGUCUAAAAAUUUAUCAAAAUUUUAUAAAACUUGACUGCUUUCAAGGUUCUUCACUUUUCGCUUCUUUAAAAAUAAAGUAAUGUUUGUUAUUGUU